GAGCUCCGUGUUAUCUCGGGGUUUUGAUCAACACACUCGUGGCCGGUACGCUACACACGCGGGAAACCUAUAGAGAAACUUCGAAAGGGAAGAAGAGAAAGAGAGGGAAAGAGGAAGUCGACGACUCGAUAUCAAACAGACAGCAAACGACAACGAGAAGAAGACAAAGAAUAAAAAGCGGAAGAGAAGAAAGAGAAAGAGAAGGAGGAAGAGGAGGAGGAGGAGGAGGAGGAGGAAUCGAAAGAGAGGACGCCGAUUUGGAAACAGGUGUGAGUCAGUUGAAGUCCAGGGCAAAAGUGGCGGAAAUUUGUGGAGUAAUUGUACGUGAUAAAGGAGGAGAGGAAGAGCAUCCUCGUAAAACACAACUUAUCUUUCGACGUAUCCCGUACGCGAUCCCGAAUGGGUUCCCAACCGAGUGAGCAUCAACUCUAAUUCAGUUCAUUUACACGGACGACUUGGCUGGUGUUCGAGCCAAUUCAUCCGGAGUGCUACACGCUUUCAUCCCAUAUUCGAUGCGAAGCAAAUCAAUUAAAGAUAAUUCCAAUGCGACGAGCGUCAAGAGGAAGGUGACGAGGUUGGGUCACAUACGAGAGUCGAAUAAGAUCAAGCAGAGAUACUUGAGCCUGGUGGGACAUCGGAGGACGAUGAUGAUGUUACGAUCGUUUUUAUUUAUUCUCUUCCUCGUUGUAAGGCAUUGCGAAUUGGCACCGAUGAGAGCCAAGGAUUUGGCUCUAGACGAUGAUAUACCAUCAUCGUCAUCGUCAUCGUCGUCGUCGUCAUCGUCGUCAUCGUCAUCGUCAUCGUCAUCAUCAUCAUCAUUGUUGUCCUCCUCAAUGCCAAUGUCAAGAAAAGGAUCUCGAAGCUCAUCUUCACCAAGCGAAUUAACCUGGGAAGCUUGGUUAUUGGUUGAUGCACAAGCCGGUGAUCACACAGGUUUAGACUCGGCCAACAUUUUACGAAAGAUCACACCGAAGAGUAUUUUCUUCGCUCCGACUCGCAUCGAAUGCGCCGAAGGCUAUCGCGCUGAUACCAUGGACAGAUGCGUAAAAGAUGUUAAAAUUGAUCACGAAGCGCAAUUCGAUUUCCUCUUGAAACGAGUCAGUGCUAUGUACUUGCAACGAUUUGGUGCUAAUACUCAGGAUCAAAAGCCGAAAGAUCAGAAACACUCUUCUGGUCCACUUCAAUUAAGCAUUCCCUUGCUCGGUGCACCGAUAGCUGCCUCUCCUGUUGAGACUCAACAGAUAACGAAGAACGAGGAUGAAGGGACGAAUGAACCCCCGAAGGAGACGGUUACCGUUUACGAAGCUAAGAACGAGACGACAACGAAAGAAGAAGAGGAAGAAGGAGAGGAAGAAGUAAAAGUAGAACAAGAUGAAGAAUCGAAAGAGGAAGAUAAGAAAAUAAUAUAUCUUGGAAAUACCAAUAGCAAUACCUUUGUCGAUAAGAACGAUGCUCUUAACGAGUCUUUCAAAUCCGAAGGUAUUGUUCCCGUUGCUGAAUUCGUGGACGAGACAAAUGGUAGUAGCUUUUCGGAAAUAGUAGAUUACAAAAUACCGAUCGAUCUAAAAGCCAUUUUAAAUGUCACGAACGCGAAGAAAAAUAGCAAUGGGAGUGAAAUGGUUGAGGAUACAAGAAUGAAAGAAAUAUUUUCAAUGAAUGUUACGAGUAUGUCGCCAACAUUGGUUUUCGUCUUGACACCGACGAAACAACCUCAAGCCGAAUCCUCAACCUCUUCGGAGAAUCCACCGGAUGAUUCUCCUGAGGAAUUCUCAAAUGUUACAACCGAUCAAGUGAUCGUUCGAAUGAACGAAUCAAUGAAAAAUUCAAGCAAUCAGGAAAUCGACGUAAUCAGCGAAUCGAGCUCGAUGAUACCACCCCUGAGACAAUUCCCCGAGAUGCCAUUAAUCAUUGAAGAUAAGAUCGAGAAUAAUGGUAAUAGUUCGGAGGCUUCUGGUAUGGAAAUAAACGGUGGUGAAGAACCAGAAACGAUAUAUGAGGAUGAACAAGUUGAGGAAGACGUCGAUGAGGAUGAUGAUGAGUACGUUGACAAUACCGAUACACCGGAGGAAGAAUUCACCGAAUUCGAAGGUGAGAUUUUGAAACAUGGCGAAGCUGGGAUCACUAUACCUGUAAAGAACUUGGAUAGAUUACAUAUGGAGGAAGAACAUCGAGAGAGAAAUGAGGAAUCGAUUGUUAAAAAAAAAAACGAGAAUGAUAUGUUUGACAAAUCCCAAGAUGAAAUUUCUAUUCGUUUCAAUCAUACUAUCUUCAAUAUGGAUGAAUCUGAUAGCAACAUAUCCAGUGAGGCAACUAUCAAGGACGAUGUCAUAAUAGAAACAACGUUGCUGAAUGUUGACCCUAUGAAACUUUCGAACGAUAGUAAAUCUCCUUUUAAAAAUGAUAGCUCGGAAAACGAUGAGGAUGAACGUUUUAAUAAACAUUUUGAGUCAGAAAGAACACAAGAUACAAGAUCAAAAAUAAUAUUCCCAAAGGGAAAAGUUCGUACGACGACAUCAACGGAUACGGAAGAAAAUGGUAAAUUGGAGGAUCAGGUAAGUAGGACAAAGUCCAAUGAUAAAGAAAAGAAUCCAAUGGAUUUGAGGAAUAUCGAGCUCGUUGCCGAACCUUCAUCCUCGGAGUCUCUUCUUUACGAUCCUCUUUCUGGCGAUCGUUAUACGGCAGAAUCGAUAGUCGAAUUAGAGGAUUCAAAAACUACUACUACUACUACUACUACUACUACUACUACUAACAGCCCUAACACACGAAAUCUUUUGGAUCUCGAAGGUUCAUCGAGUUACGUAAGAUCAGCACAAAGUUACGUUAAAUUUCCUUCGGACGAGAUCAACAGUAUACAUAAUCAGGAUUACAAGGAACGAGGCCAACAUCUUUACGACGAAGGACUCUAUUCUAGUACAAGCACGAAAAGUACCGUGCCGGUUCAUCAGAAAUCAUCUUACUCUAGAACCCCAACAGGAUGGAGAAUAGAUCGUCAACAACAGCCAGAUCAUGAAAGAAAUCGUUCAGUCGUCGUUCAAAGACAAAAACCAAGGCCACCAAUGUAUUUGUCUCGAACGAAGGCACCUCUGACGAGGAUCUCUCCUAGUUUAUAUUCCAUCAGUCAACCUCCUCGUAGUGCUACGAUCAUGGAUAGAGGUUAUAGAAACGCUUAUGUUCAAGUAUCACCCUUUCAUAGGGUUGGAUACUAAAAUCCAUAUAAAAGGUUGAUUCGCCUGAUUAAGCGAGGAAGGUGAUAUUAAUGAUCUUCGCGUGGGGGGCUAUCAAUGACGUCGCUCUCCACUGAAAAUGAUUCCCUGGGAAACAAGCCGAGUCGACUCGAACGAUGGGUCGACUUUGAUAAAUGUCAAUGGAUCCUCUUGGAACUGUGCCAAAUAAAAUGAAGGUUCAAAAGGGUGUUAAACUAUCGCUCGCUAAAAAUGUGUGAUAAGCGAUCAAGAACACUUGCGAUUUGGCAUAAUUACAUUAAUUUUUAUGUCCGAAUCGAAGAAUCUCUAAAGAUUGGAACGUUUUUGCGGGAUGGAGGGAGAAGAAAAAAAAAAAAGAAAAGGAAAAACUCGAACUCUUGGAAAGGGA